AUGCUGCUCCUCCUCGCCGCGCCAGCGGUCGCGCGCGCCGUCGUGGGGCCGCCGGCCGUCGCGCCGCGCGUGCCUCUCUCCCGCCGCAGCUCGCGGCCGGCCCUCGUCCUCGAGGAGCCGCCGCUGCAGGACGCAGCUUGGGCGCCUCCGUCGCCCUCGCCGCGGCCGGAGCUGUGGCAGGCCCUCGUGGCGCUGAACGGCUGCACGCUCCUCUGGGGCUCGCAGCACGCCGUCAUCAAAGACGUCGUCUCGGACGUGUCUCCCGCAGCCUUCAACGCGGCGCGCUUCGGUCUCGCGGCGGUCUGCGCGCUUCCGUGGGCGCCGGGCGCGCCGUGGCGGCCGCGGCGGCCGCCGGCCGCGGAUGCUCCGCCGGCGUCGGCCACGUGGGCCGCCGGCGCCGAGCUCGGCCUGUGGUCGUGCCUCGGCUUUGCGCUGCAGUCGGUUGGCCUUGAGACGACGAGCGCCGGUCGGUCUGCGUUUCUGCUGUACCUGAACGUGAAGCUGGUGCCGCUGCUCGCGCUCCUGCUCUACGGCCGCACCUCGCCACCCCGCACGUGGGUCUCCGCACUCCUCGCCGUCUGCGGCACCGGCCUGCUCGCCUCCGACGGCUCUCCGCCCAACGUCGGGGACGCGUGGUCGCUCGCUGCUGCGGUCGCGUCCGCAUGCUUCAUUCUCCGCCUCGAGGCGGCGGCCGCAGGCGCAGCGCCGCCCGAGCCGGCGGAGCUGAAUGCGGCGACGCUGACUUGCGCGGCGGGAUACUUUGCGCUCCUGGCGGCCGCAGAGGUGGGCGGUGCCGGGGGAGCGGCGCCGGUGCCGCUGAUGGAGGCUGCGCGGGCGCUGGGGGAGAGCUCGCCGCAGAUCUGCUACCUCGCCGUCGUGACCACGUUCGUGGCGCAGUGGCUGCAGGCGUACGGCCAGGCGCGGGUGGGCGCGCAGGACGCGGCGCUGCUCUACGCCCUCGACCCUUGCUACGCGGCGGGCUUCAGCUACUUGCUGCUCGGCGAGACGCUUGGGCCGCAGGGCUUCGCGGGCGCUGCGGUCGUGCUUGCGGCAGUGGCGAUCAGCCGCGGGGGAGGGGGUGCCGGCGAGGGCGGCGGCGAGAGGAGAGAGGACGAGGGUGCGAGGACCUCGAGAGCCGAGUGA